CUAUGUGUUCCGGGUCUGGAAUACAAAAAAAAAAAAACAGGAUAAAAAGACACACUUAAUCGUAUAAAUAUGCCAUCGAACCUAUACAUUGGAGUAAUAAAAAUGACACCGCUGUCAUCGAAUUGUUGAUGGUUGCAUGUGUAAUACAACGACCGGUUAUGGCGUAUUUCGAGUGGACCCAUUUAGUUGUUGCACAGCCCGGAAGUAAACGGUCCAGCAUGGCUUUGGAUCCCCUGACGUCCUUUACAUAAAUGGCAGCUGUUUUUGUUUUAAUACGUUAAUUAAGAAAUCUGAGCGGUUAUUAUUUGUUGGCGUGGCUACACGUUAAACGUAGCAUUUCAUAGUGAGAUAACGUUGACCGGGACCCCGUCAUAGCGUCGACUGGGAACCAAGUGACAAGUCUGUGGUGGUCCAACGUGGCUGACGGUUUAAGACUCGGCAGCAAGUAAGAGCGACUAUUUCACAAAAAGUGGCCAUCAUGUCAAAUGUAAAAUCCAGGAAAACACACCCUGCAGCGAAAGUACAACAGCAGAUUUCUGAAAAGAAUAACAACAAUGUAAAUAAGAAAAAGAAAUUCUGGUUUAAAGACAAAGUUAAAAUUAAAAAGUUUCCUCCAAACAACCAACGGAAAGUGGAACCCCCAAAAGAUGCUCAACACUUCUCUGCCAACUGGAAAGCAUUGCAAGAGAUUUUAAAAGCCAGUGAACCGGAGAAGAAACAGCCUGUGACAUCGACAAACCGGACUGGAUCGCUUCAAAAAAAGGAGGCCAAAGAAAAUUCUUCAUUAAAUAUUUCUAAGAAAAACACCAGUCCCAAGCAGACAGAGACUGGCAAAAAAGGGAAGCAGAAAACUGCGUCAGACAGUGUUGUUUCCAAGGACGCUCAUGUCAAUGCGAAGGUUCCAGCCGUCUCACCAUCACAACACUCUAUUGCUCCAAAAAGGAAAAGCAGCAGUGGAAAUUCAAGCAGUGAGCACACGGUGAAAAAAAAGAAGGUUGUGGUUGCAGAGAAGAAACUUACAGAAGAUGACCUGUGGUUUGACGAUGUAGACCCGGAUGACAUCGAGGCAACGGUCGGAUCAGAGGCAGCAGACAUCAUGAGGAAAAAGCAGCACAUUCAAACCAAGGACACAGAGAGUGCUCUGGUCAAGGAGAAAGCGUUCGAGGGUCUCACCAAAGCUGUGGCGAUUGAUUGUGAGAUGGUGGGAGUUGGUCCAGACGGAGAAGACAGUAUCUUGGCGCGCGCAUCCCUCGUGAAUCAGUUUGGGAAAUGCAUCUAUGACAAAUACGUCAAACCCACAGAGAGGGUGACGGACUACAGGACAGCCGUCAGUGGCAUCCGACCAGAGGACAUCAAAGAUGGAGAAGAUGUGAGGGUCGUCCAGAGGGAGGUAGCAGAGAUCCUGCGAGGCAGGAUUGUGGUUGGGCAUGCCAUACACAAUGAUUUAAAGAUUUUACUCUUGGAUCACCCCAAAAAGAAAAUCCGGGACACUCAGAAGUAUAAACCGUUCAAAAAGAUUGCUAAGAGUGGCCGGCCCUCGUUGAAAGUCCUCUGCAAAGAAGUCCUUAACGUGAAGGUCCAGCAGGGCGAACAUUCAUCUGUCCAAGACGCACAGGCCACCAUGAGGCUCUACACAAUGGUGAAAAAGCAGUGGGAAGCAGAAAUUAAAGCCAGUCACAAGAACAAAGACUCGGACCAGAAAAGUGAACAGAGGAAACCCAAGUUGCCCAAGAGCAGAUGAUCUCAUUAUAUCCUGAGGAAAAACUGAGGAAGAUGAUCAGACUUUAUUUUUUGAAAGACCAAAAUACGACCGACGUCACAGGCUCCUGCUGUGGAAGACUUACACAGGAAACUUUCCCUCUUCCGUAAACAUGGCAUCAUUUCAAGAAAUGCCUUCAAAUGCCUCGAAACGCUGUAGUACAUGUGCCACACCUGUACAUGGCGCUGUGAUGCCGUCACAGAAGUGCACCACAAACAGAGAAGAAGAUGCAGAGCACGCGGAUAAAGCUGGAGCAGAAGAAGACAACGAUAAAGAUGGCAACAGCAAAGUACAGUAGGGACAUGUUGUUUUUGAAGACUUGUUUUUCUUUUCUUUGUUUUUUUUCGUUGUUCAUAUCUUUGUUUUGGAAUAACUUGAUUUGCCUGGUUGUUUGAUAUUUCUCUGUAGCUAUAUUACAUUUCUCACCCAUUAAUCAUUUUACCAGUUUGAUUUGUCUGUUUUGUUCAGUGGUGGCUCAUCAAUAGGAGGCACCGGCUCACGGCCCACCUGUCCCACAUGAAGAAGAAUCACAGACCUCCAAUGACUUUAAAAACAUUUGAAUUAAUGUAUACUUUUGUCACCUAGUGUGGUAAAUACAUUAUAGUGAGUAAAAGGACUAAUUUGCACCAGAGCUGUAGAUAUAAAAUAAUAUCUCACCUCUGGCCACUAACAGGACUUUGAAUUUAGUUUAUUACCGAAAUGCAUCACGUCUGUUGAAUCACACGCUGAUUUUCCUGGAUUCCUAUAAUGUUGCCAUCAGUGAACAAGAUUCUUCUGCCUGAUCGAACAACCCACACCUGAGAGCUGCAGCAGCGACAAUGUCUUCUUUAUGUGAUGGUUCAAGGUGAAAAUACACCCGAUAAAUAAGGAAUGUAUGGGCUGUGGACGUAUUAUGCUUUUUCACCUUGCAGGAGAACUAAUCCCUGGGCUCUCGGUCAGAUGUCGAUCACAUUCUGCAGACAUCAGACUCAUGACACCUUCUCCUUUCAUUCUAAGACAAACACACAAGGUGAAGGAGCCAGUUUUCAGUGUUAAAAGGAACGGUUAAUCAUUCAUUUAAUAAAGUCCUGAAUACAAUCUGA